GACCGGCUUCUCUGAGGCUCAGACACAAUAAACCGUCAGAAGGUUAGGGGCGCGCAUGUUGGGCCGGAGGCAUUGGCACGAUUUUAGCACAUUAUUAUUCUCAAUUGUGCCUUUUCUUUGAUUUACUUAGUUAUUUUCAAACAACUGAUACACUGUAUGGCGGUAACAAGGCUCGGCUGGAAACGGUUGGUUUGUCGAGUUUGAUGAAAACGCGGUCGGGAUCAGACUACCGUGAGCCCCUCCUGGCGGAUGUUCGUUAUUUCUUUCUAAAGCCAACAAAACAAGGCAGAUAACAAUGUCGUUGACUGCUUCGUCUGAUUAUUUCGCUGCCGAGUGUCUGGUGUCGAUAUCCACCGGUGCUGUACUGCACAGACCCACCCCGGUCGCUCUCGCCAGCCAGCCGGCCAUAGUGGGCCUGCUCCCUGGGGAGCCCGACGUGUCGAGUGAGGACAGGGAAGUGCGGGAGACGCUGAGGCUGGAGGGGGCGAACAUGAUGGCGGUGGCCGGUAUCCUCACCGACCUGCACGGUAAGUUCCGCCCCAUGUCGGCCUACUCGGAGUGCAGCAACUCCUCGUGUGGUGGGGAGAGCGGUUACACCACGUUGUCCGACCCGACCACCCCUACCAUGACCCCCUCCGCCACCCCGGUCCCCGGACAGCAGCAGCAGCAGCAGCUAAUGGGGGGAGGAGGAGGCGUGGGGGCCUCGCGCUCCCUGAUGAAGAAACAUCAGUGCACUUUUGACGGAUGCGACAGAGUUUACGGGAAAUCGUCCCACCUGAAGGCACACAUCCGGACACACACAGGUGAGAGGCCCUUCCCGUGCACCUGGCCUGACUGUGAGAAGAAGUUUGCCCGCUCCGAUGAGCUCGCCCGCCACACCCGCACCCACACAGGGGAAAAACGCUUCCUGUGCCCACUGUGCGAUAAGCGCUUCAUGCGCAGCGACCACCUGAUCAAGCACGCCCGCCGUCAUCCUGACUUCCAGCGCUCCAUGUUGCGACAAAGCAAGGGCACAUCCUCCUCUUCCAGCCCAGCCAUGCACCAUUAGGAUGGUGUGGGUUGGGGGUUUCCUGGCAGGAGUACAGAAAGUCACGGUGGUUUCAAGUUAACCAGCUACAAUCAGAUCCACUGAUUAGGAUUUUGCAUUGCUGUGCUGUACUCAAAAAAUGUGCACAUAACACACACGUACACAAGCCAACACACACACCGAGCUGGAUGUGAGGGGGAAGUAGCCUCAUCUCUCCAGCAACACAGAUGAGUCAUGUGACCACUAUCCACCUGCUCAACAUAACUAGGGUUUGGUAUCGAGAAUGCUCCAAAUCUAUAAGAACUGGGGAUUGGUUAUGAAAUGUGCUUUUCGAUUCCACUUAUCGUUUCCUGAAAGCAAAGUUUGGACCUACUGCACUUCAUUUAUAUUGCCGGUUACACGUGUAUCAAAGCACGUGUAUAAUGUUUACAGUAUGGCGGACUGGGGCUAGCUUUCCAAAGUGUGGCUACGCUUCGCUAAAGACCGUAAUGAUACAGUGAAAUGUAAUCACUGCAUGAAAAUAAAUACAUGCAAAGGAAGAAAGUCUGUCUAAUAUGACAACACAUUUACCACAGAGAGGUAUAAGAAUGCAGCAUUUUUGAUGUCCUGUGUCAUGACAUAGUGAAAUUAAAUAGUGAAACCUUUUUAUAGAUCAAAUACCCAGAUGGGACUCUGUUUUUGGUUAAUCCACUCACUUAAAUACUGGACAAAUCAAGGUAUCACAUUGAUGCAAAAAUUCUGUAAAAAAAAAAAAAAAAACAAUUAUUCCAGAAAGCUAUCCUGCUCAUUGAUUUGCAACGUUGCCUAAUACUACAAUAUUAAUAGGUUUUAAUGCUGCAGAAAGUAAAAACUAAGGUCAAACUAUUCAACUUUCGCAUGGCACAACAGAUAAUAUUUAUAUUUGUCUUUAUUUUUUUGACCAAAAACAAAUGACAAAAUACGUUGUUAAUUUUAUUACAUGUUUAUGGCAGCCUAAACCAUAUGAAAAUAAAUGUGGUUUUUGCUUUCAACAUACUUUGGGGUUUUUUUCUCACUCAGGAUUCGAUUAGAAUGGGAAUCAUUAAGCAGAUUUUAAUCAAUGAAAUAAACCCAGCCCUAAAAAAAAAAAAAUAACAAUUUUCUCAAACUGAAACACUUUCACAAAUUGCAGGGAUUUUUCACAUCUGUAAUAAUCUGCACAUUCAUCAUCAGCCAAAACUACUUCUGUUUUCUUGUGGUUAAUUUGUAGAUUGUUGUUGUGCUCUUUAGUACCAUUUCUUUACCAUCAGUAGCACAAUAUUGUGAUGUUAGGUAGUGAGGCAGUGACUAGAAGUCUUUUAGUUUUGUUUUGUUUUUUUAGCUUUUCUGAUUCCAUAUAAAAGUUUUAGUGGUUACACAUUCCUUCAUUUUUAUUCCAUUAGUAACCAUCAUUGAAGCGAUUUUGUCUAUUUUUUUCUUGUAUAACCAAUUUAAUUAUAGCUCAAAUGUUAAUUUUGCCAGAAAAUGGAUCACACUUCACUGUAGAGGAGCUGUUUGCAGCCAUCUUUAAGUCUGUCAGUUAUCAUCCAUGAAAUGCUGACACAUAAUACACAGUAGUGUUAUGUCUAAUACUGAUGCAAAUGUAUAUAAGCUUUAAGCUUUUAAUGUAGAAAACUGGUAAUGCUACUAGCAGCAGAAUUAAUACAUGUGAUGAAUUGUAGUCCUUAUAUUAGGGGUAACAUACACUUGAUAGGAUGGCAUUGCCUGUGAGUGUCGUGUGUAUGUGUUUUGUAUUUACAUUUUUGUUAGCGACAGACCUGGGAAAAGUGUGUAUGUAUAUCAAAAUAUUGGGGGGGGCUAAUACCAGAAGACCUUUAUUGAGGAGGACAUUUUGACUUGUCAAAGCAGCAAAAGCACAGGUGCAACUAAUAAAGUUAAUGAUGGCUCUAUUCUAUGUAGGUGUGUCAUUGAACCAGCAUGCACAAUACCGUGGGGGCGGCCAUUGAUAAUGUUGUUAGUUACACCUGUGUUUGACAAGGCAACAAAUGUUACUAUGUUGGAAAAACAAAUCAAAAAAGAGGAUUUGUUAAGAACCUGUAAAGUACAUUUGAGAAAACUGGCACCUAAACAUUACUAUAUGCCAGAAAGUUCAAUAAGAAGGAAUAAUCACUGAAUUUUUUUAUUUUUUGUUUUUUAAAUGAUAUUUAAAAUCUAUUCGAGUGCGUGCAGUGUCCAGGUCUGAUUUAUAGAAAGGUUGAAUCUUUUUUUUCUGUUUCCACACUGUUUGUCCAGCUCAUGGACAUAUUCCUUUAUCUCAGAGAACAACACUUCUUCAGGAAAAUCUGAAAGCCUUAAACUGUCAUAACUACUUUGCACCAUGUUUACAGUUGGAUCAUUGUAUAGGUUUAUAUGCCCUCUUGUGGGCUCAUUACACAUCCUCAUUAUGCAAUAUGGCACUUUUUUCUUACAGGUGUAUUUGGCUGAAUAGUGUAAUGGCUUGCACUGUUAUUAUGCUUCGACAAGCAAGCACUGUGGAACUUUGCUAGUGUGUUGAUAACCAAUGGUUUGUAAAACUGCCUUUUUGUCAAAGUGCUUUAGAACGCGUGAUAAAAGAACUGGGUAGUUAUUAUUUUAAUUAUUUUUAGUGUUUGCUUAGUCAUCCAGGCCUUUUCUUGUUGUGGAAUUAGUGUUUUUUAUUUUCUUUAAUGGAACAUGCUUCAUUUGUGUUUCCAGAUGUGUUGACUUUGUCUCCUCCACACUAAGUUGACUGCAGAUGUCUUCCUCAUUCAUCUGUCAAACCAUAUACAUAGUAUACCAUUUCACUGUUGCUCUCAUUUGAAUGGGAGCUUAACUCGUUUAAACGAAUGCAAUGCUUAGAAAUUUUGUACACAUUUCUUCUUCAGAGGUUCAAUCUGUUGACAGUUUUUGGUUGCUGCUGGCAGUAACCUUGAACGCAUGGACUGUUUAACAAAGGAACACACACAAUAUACUUGUUUUUUACAUCUUCAAAUGGACACGUUCCCUCCCAUCUCCUCUCACAAAUGGGAAUGUCUUUUCACACAGACUCUGUCCGGGUCUCAAAGCUAUAAUAUCACAAUAAGAACAUACCUCAAUGAUUUUAUUUGCAGUGUCUGUACAAAAUCCAUCCAAACUGUGUUUCUGAAAUUCCUAUAAAGCCACACAGCCUUGGAUUUCAAUGAAUGAAAUGUGUUUUUAUCAGCUCGAUGGUCUGUUGUGUACCCUUGUCCUGGUCUUUAUAUGCAACAUCACUACUACCUGUGUAGCAGCAGAAUUUCCUUUUCCCUGCCUCAAUGAACUUCUGUUGUUAAUAGACAGUAGCAAAUGAAUCUACUGGAUAAAUCCUGCAGCCCCUGUCAUUAAAGCCCAGCAGGAGUUUUAGUCACCGAGGGAGAGACUCACUGCUGGCUCGGGCAGAGGCUUAAAAGGGGGGGUUAAAAUGUAAAAAAAAAAUACCUGUAGACUGUUAAUUUACUGCAGAUUUCAAUUGAAAGAGCUCAGUCCAAAUCUAUUUGUUCAUAUCACUGAAUGUGGCUUGAUGACAGACAAGCAUUAUCCACUCUGGAUUUAAUUUUUGCUCCGCCGCCUUGCGGAGAAAAAAAUAAUGUGCUAAUUUCUCUUGUCACCACACUAAUUCAAAUAUGCACAUUGUACAGAAACGGAUGUUUUUUAAAUUGAUGCCUAAUUUUUACAUUUCUGUAAUUUUUAAUAAAUCCUCUUAUCAAAGCUUUAGUUAUGGUAAAUAGGAGGAACUGUGGAACUAAAUAAUUGCUGCAACAAGCUGUUUUGAUAUUUAUAUUCUCAGGUGUCUUAAACUUUGAGCAUUGGAGUUUUAAUAUUUCCUGUUCAACACCUAAGUACAAGCAUGUUUUAUUUCUUUUGUUAUGCUGAUUAAUUUAUUCCCAAAAUGUAUCAUUUGUGUGGUUUAAUUAUUCUUUUCAUAACUCAUUUUGUGAUAUUGAACAGUACUAAUAUUAAAUGGUUCCAUCGUUUGCUUGACAUGAGAAUACCAGUGCUUUUUAAAAAAUAAAAAUCCUUAAGUUGA